AUGAGUGCACAGUUCAAAAAAGAAAAUAUUAAAGGGGAGGAAGGGGAGGGAAGGAAGGGAAAACCAUUGCACAAGAUGGCUCCCGGUGGCUGCGAUGCGAUCUUGCAGGAGGCGCUAUUGUUGGGUUCAUAUGCUGAUUUCUGGAAACUUGCCACCGGUUAUACAAAGGCGCUAUGCAAUGUAUACGUCGCCCCAAACCCCUAUCCAACUCCUGGUGGAGGAAAUGCAGCCGAUGGACACAACCCGAACUCAGCUACCCAAAAUAUGGUAAAAGUGACGACGACGGUACCUUGUAGCCUUAGGACCUUUGCCACGUUCAUCACAGCGCCACGAAGCGUGCGAUACUGCGAGGACAACGUCAUGUUUUGCGAUAUCAUUGAAAGAGAUAACAAGACAAAGUUGUUUCACACCGCAUACGCAGGCGAUCCUCCAUGUGAUGUGGUUGCCGUGCAUAUAACGGCGGCGUACAAAGUGCCGGAGAACACCACCGAAAACAAUCCCUUGUGCAAGUUUGUGGCAAGCCUUCGUGACGAUAAACGCCGGGGCCACGUGCCACAACCCUCGUCAACGAUAUUCGUUUACGCUAUGAAGAGUGCUGAGCACCCCAAGACACCUCCUUCGCCGCCGUACGUGCGUAUGCGCUUUCACUUAUCUGCCUUUAUCGCCUAUGAAAUACCAGGGCCACUCGUUCGAGUGGUGUUCGUUCACGCACCAGGAGAUCGUACUCCAAAGAUGGUUGACCGGUGCAUAACAAAAAUGGUCUGUGUGCGGAACUUAUGCCAAAUGCUUGAGUGGCUUAACACAGGUGGCCCUCUCACGGAACCUGUCAUCUGGGAGAAUCAGCGGCCACAAGAAACGCCAAAUGCACACUCCGUUGGGGCCGAAAACACACGCGAGCCCAAUCCUCUCGUUGAGGAGCCAUCAGAUGUAGUGUUACAAGGGGACAACCCAUCCUCUGCUCCAGGCCGUGUAUUUCAAACAUUGUUUGCCCUGCAUGCUUCAGCCGCGUGGCGUUUGGUCCUUCAACAUGAAGGAUGCACGGUGGAGGAAUGCGAAGCACGAUGUUGCUUUCCUGCACCGGCUUUUCUAAAGGCUUACCGUUUCGCGACAACUAUCGCAUGUUCUCUGGAUAUUUUCCGCCGAUUAGUGAGCGACCCGAUGCAGUUGCACAGGUACGACCCGAGUGUAGAGAAAGUAGAGCUCCUCCACUCACAAAAGGGUGAGGAUACCGUUCACAUACAUUUCAAGCAACUGUCUCAUUCUGCUCCCAAGCAGGAUGCCUGCAUUCUAACAUCUAACGCACUCUUGCAACCCGACGAGGCACACCGAUGGCGUUUAUACCAGCUGACAGACAACAUAAAUGUUGUUUACGUGCAGAAUGGUAUUCAAAGCACUGAAAUUCCUGCUGCUGGCGCGUGCGACCGACAGGUAGUGUAUGCAAUGGGAUACGUCGCCAUCCCAUCAGUGAAGCGACAACCCACGGGAGCUGGGGAUGGCAAUGAAGGCAGUGAGGCGCUGCGGGUCUACCAUGUCGUCUGCGUGGACAACAACACUGCUUCAUUCGCGGAUAAGCAGCUUGUGACUAUUCGUCAGCAUUUUUUCCGCCUUACUGGAAUACGAAAUUUGUGCGAUGAAGCGAAGAGCAAACCUCCUACCUGUUCUUUACCUCCUCACACAACUCGGGAUGUUAAUGAUUUCUUCGAGAGCGGUACGUUAGCAGGAUUUACAGAGGUGGAAACGCUUGAAGACGCCUCCCUUGAAAGAACAAGCAGCACGAAUAAUGUACGUAGACAGCUCGAUUUAGUCGAUGGGAUGGAAGGCUACACCAGCCACGCGACUGCGCAUGUGGACACCAUGAUGAACUCUUCUUCAUUGGAGAAGCUUCACCAGUUUCUCUUGCACUUUGCACCCCAUUAUUGUAUAGAGCACAAACAAAGUGAGCUCGACAACAAACUUGUUCCAGCAGCUGCUGCACUGCAACCCUCACCAUUCACCGAGCAACAGCAAAUAUCCCCUUCAGUUUGGCAAGCACACGCGCCAACACCCGAUCAGCAGAAACAGGAAGUGCAAACUGCUCAACUGGUGCAGCGUGGAAAAGUAAGUGCACCUCCAGCUAUUCAGCAGAGUGGAGGAAAGGCAGCUUUGACAUGGGACACCAGUGUGGAAGAGGUAGUGCCUGACAAGCAGAAACAGGAAGUGCAAACUGCUCAACUGGUGCAGCGUGGAAAAGUAAGUGCACCUCCAGCUAUUCAGCAGAUUGGAGGAAAGGCAGCUUUGACAUGGGACACCAGUGUGGAAGAGGUAGUGCCUGACAAGCAGAAACAGGAAGUGCAAACUGCUCAACUGGUGCAGCGUGGAAAAGUAAGUGCACCUCCAGCUAUUCAGCAGAUUGGAGGAAAGGCAGCUUUGACAUGGGACACCAGUGUGGAAGAGGUAGUGCCUGACAAGCAGAAACAGGAAGUGCAAACUGCUCAACUGGUGCAAUGUGGAAAAGUAAGUGCACCUCCAGCUAUUCAGCAGAUUGGAGGAAAGGCAGCUUUGACAUGGGACACCAGUGUGGAAGAGGUAGUGCCUGACAAGCAGAAACAGGAAGUGCAAACUGCUCAACUGGUGCAACGUGGAAAAGUAAGUGCACCUCCAGCUAUUCAGCAGAGUGGAGGAAAGGCAGCUUUGACAUGGGACACCAGUGUGGAAGAGGUAGUGCCUGACAAGCAGAAACAGGAAGUGCAAACUGCUCAACUGGUGCAACGUGGAAAAGUAAGUGCACCUCCAGCUAUUCAGCAGAGUGGAGGAAAGGCAGCUUUGACAUGGGACACCAGUGUGGAAGAGGUAGUGCCUGACAAGCAGAAACAGGAAGUGCAAACUGCUCAACUGGUGCAACGUGGAAAAGUAAGUGCACCUCCAGCUAUUCAGCAGAUUGGAGGAAAGGCAGCUUUGACAUGGGACACCAGUGUGGAAGAGGUAGUGCCUGACAAGCAGAAACAGGAAGUGCAAACUGCUCAACUGGUGCAGCGUGGAAAAGUAAGUGCACCUCCAGCUAUUCAGCAGAUUGGAGGAAAGGCAGCUUUGACAUGGGACACCAGUGUGGAAGAGGUAGUGCCUGACAAGCAGAAACAGGAAGUGCAAACUGCUCAACUGGUGCAGCGUGGAAAAGUAAGUGCACCUCCAGCUAUUCAGCAGAUUGGAGGAAAGGCAGCUUUGACAUGGGACACCAGUGUGGAAGAGGUAGUGCCUGACAAGCAGAAACAGGAAGUGCAAACUGCUCAACUGGUGCAACGUGGAAAAGUAAGUGCACCUCCAGCUAUUCAGCAGAUUGGAGGAAAGGCAGCUUUGACAUGGGACACCAGUGUGGAAGAGGUAGUGCCUGACAAGCAGAAACAGGAAGUGCAAACUGCUCAACUGGUGCAACGUGGAAAAGUAAGUGCACCUCCAGCUAUUCAGCAGAGUGGAGGAAAGGCAGCUUUGACAUGGGACACCAGUGUGGAAGAGGUAGUGCCUGACAAGCAGAAACAGGAAGUGCAAACUGCUCAACUGGUGCAACGUGGAAAAGUAAGUGCACCUCCAGCUAUUCAGCAGAGUGGAGGAAAGGCAGCUUUGACAUGGGACACCAGUGUGGAAGAGGUAGUGCCUGACAAGCAGAAACAGGAAGUGCAAACUGCUCAACUGGUGCAACGUGGAAAAGUAAGUGCACCUCCAGCUAUUCAGCAGAGUGGAGGAAAGGCAGCUUUGACAUGGGACACCAGUGUGGAAGAGGUAGUGCCUGACAAGCAGAAACAGGAAGUGCAAACUGCUCAACUGGUGCAAUGUGGAAAAGUAAGUGCACCUCCAGCUAUUCAGCAGAGUGGAGGAAAGGCAGCUUUGACAUGGGACACCAGUGUGGAAGAGGUAGUGCCUGACAAGCAGAAACAGGAAGUGCAAACUGCUCAACUGGUGCAAUGUGGAAAAGUAAGUGCACCUCCAGCUAUUCAGCAGAGUGGAGGAAAGGCAGCUUUGACAUGGGACACCAGUGUGGAAGAGGUAGUGCCUGACAAGCAGAAACAGGAAGUGCAAACUGCUCAACUGGUGCAAUGUGGAAAAGUAAGUGCACCUCCAGCUAUUCAGCAGAUUGGAGGAAAGGCAGCUUUGACAUGGGACACCAGUGUGGAAGAGGUAGUGCCUGACAAGCAGAAACAGGAAGUGCAAACUGCUCAACUGGUGCAACGUGGAAAAGUAAGUGCACCUCCAGCUAUUCAGCAGAGUGGAGGAAAGGCAGCUUUGACAUGGGACACCAGUGUGGAAGAGGUAGUGCCUGACAAGCAGAAACAGGAAGUGCAAACUGCUCAACUGGUGCAACGUGGAAAAGUAAGUGCACCUCCAGCUAUUCAGCAGAGUGAAAAAGGGGCUAUCGACAGAAAAGAAAAGAACGUUCAUAUGAAGAAUUUUAUGCAGGCGAUUCACACUGAAGGCGAGCCCGUUCAUAGGAGAAGAGAUGAUGAAAGACUGGGGUUGCAACCAUUACAGAGAAAGAAAGGUUUCCAAUCCAUCCCAACCAAUCUUGAAGAGGAAGCAUCCCCAGUACAGGUGAUCGGUGAAGAAUCAAAACGCAAUAGUGGGGAACCGCAACCAGUUGGGGGGCAAGGGGAUUGCUUGGCGCGAGCAGUGCGGGAGGGACAGGAGAAAUUAACACGACUUACGGGGGGUUGGUGUAAAGGACGCAUAGAGAAAACUUCUGCUUUCGGAGAAAAAGAUAGCCCCGUACAAGAAGUUCAGGUAAAGGAGAAUAUCCCGCAAGUAACCUGUGGCUUGAGUGUGUGGCCCACGCCAGAUGCAUUGAAAGUUAGGAGGGAAGGAAUGAGCGUCUUGAAAUUGUCACAGCGGCUGGAGCUUCGCCCCGCUCGGCAGGAACCACGGCGGCAGGAAGAGUUGAUAUGGCCCAUGAAGGGAGGAUGGCAAGGAUCUUCGGGUUCAGUAAGUGAUGGGAAUGAAGGAUUGUUAUUGCCGAUGGGAUCGCGGUCUGUGGAUACAGAUGACGUAUGGGAAGAGCGCGUUAAAUUAUCUGACGGAACGUUCGGCCGGAAGGUGAACAACAAAAUUCAGGUAAACGUCCGGGCGUGUCGUAACAUGCCAGCGGCAACGCAAAAAAAACAUAUGCUGUCUAUUCAGAUCAGCACAUCUUCUACGGAGGCGCAAACAUGGUUGGUACCUCUGACCCUCAAUCCCAUCUUCCCCCAUCAAACAAUUUUACUGGACGAACCAGAAGAUGACACGGUCAACGUUACAGCGAUAGUAAAAACUGAAGAUGAUCGCAUGAAGCGACUGGGGGAAGCAGUUGUUUCGCUGCGCUAUUUGCAUGUGUUAGAUUCGUAUACCCGCUGGAUUUCGCUGAUAUGUAAUGUAGGCACAAGCGAUGCUUUCGAAUGUGGUGACGUUUGCAUUACUUUCCGUCGCGGUACAGAAGAAGGACCCAAUGGUGUCGUCUCAAUUAAUGGAAAGCAAUGCGAACAGCAGCAACUGCAGUGGGGGGAAGCCGAAAGGACACAAGAAGAGGAGAAACUGCGGCGUUAUGUCCGUGAUGUGCUUGUAUCCGCGGGGAAUGCAAACCUCCACUUGUUGGAGUGGUUAGUAGGGAACUGCUACCGUAAAACACCAGGGGAAAUAGAUGCGUUUAUUAGGCGGUAUAGGAAAGAUGAUACAAUAAUGCUAACUGUGUUUGAGGUGUGCGGACUUAGAACGGAAGUCGGGGUCCCACUACUGCGUCCGGUGCCUUGCCACGUUUUGGUUGAAACAAGCAGAGGAUCGUGUACAACAUCCCCCGUAAACCUUCAAGGACAAGCAGCUCCGCUGAACAUGGUGUUUCACCUGGUAAUAGGGGUGAACGAACCCAUUCGUCUCAUCGUAUUUACCGGCGACACCGCGGUUGGUGAAACGGUUAUUACCACUGCCCAAGAUGGCACGCGCACUCGCGUGUUGGUUUCGCGGGCCGGCACGGAGGAAGCGGUACCUUGUGGUACGAUCACUGUAGGUACGAGGCGCGGUAGCGUAUCUGAAUUGACUGAAAGCCCCAAACCACUUCGAGUGGAAGUAAAUGAAGAGAACAGCAAGCGCAUGGCGUACCUACACCACAUAUUAUGGAUGAACGCCCGAAGCUCACUUCACAAGCUGGAUGUAAUUGCCGCUUCCCCACUGGAGUCGGGCCGUCUACUGGAAAAGUUUGGACCGACAGCGAAGUGGUACGAUCUUCGAGUUUCCUUGAGGCACUGGAGGCCCACAUCUGCUGCGUGGGAUAGCCCAAUAGUUGACAAUACACUUGGCACUCACAAGAGAGAAAAAGACGGCGAUGAGUUGCUGCAACAUGUACAAACGGUAUACCGCAGGGUAUUCGCUGUGGUUCACAUUGGGUUGCAGUACCAUAAAACUUUUGAGGUCCGUACCGACUGUGCUGGUGAAGUGCACUUCAAUGAAACCUUCACUUUCAGUGGUGUUUGCCCUCGGCGGGAUGAGGUUUUUGUGUCUGUCAUCGGGAAGGGUCUCACUGGCACCGAGGAUCAUGAUCUGGGAGUAACCGUCCUUUCCAUGAAAUCACUGAAGUUACAACAGCGAACCCACAUGACUGUUCCGUUGGUGCGCCAAGCGGGAACUCGUGGUGCUCGCUUCCAAGGAUCACUGUACUUGGAACUGUUUGCGGUUAACUUUGACGGUGUUGCCGCUAACGACUACGAGGCAGAAAUGUGUCGGCCUUCUAUUCGGAGCAUUCUUUACCACCACGCACCUAGAGAGUUGCAUAAGGCAGAGUGCUUCCUUGGUAGCUACGCAAGCCGUGAAAAGGACUGCCUACGAGAGCUACGAAAAACCUAUGGGCCGGACAUUCUCAAACUACCCAUGGCGAUACGGCUAAUGAGCCUGAACCAACUGACACCUUAUCCUAACAGUUACUUGAAAGUGUACCUCAAUGAUACCCCAGUGAUACGCACUGAGAAGCUAUCCACCGAUGAUCCUAUUUUAUUCGACCCAGAAGACAGCAAAAGUAGGGCAAGGGUACUCGUUGAUGAUGUCUAUGACGUUAGGUUACGGUUCAAGGUGAAGCAAACGCGAUUUUUACUAACAAAGACUCUUUGCACGGGUGAUUUUUCCUUACGAGGUAUGGUGGUAUCGCAGGAGGGCGUAUACUGGAUCCCUUUGGUUGACAGUGAGGGUGUGAGUGUCGGGAAUCUCUGUGUUGAACUGAAGUCAAGUGCUUUUGUCUACAAUGAUACUGUGAAAAGGGCUAAAGAUUUUGUGGAGGACGACGUCGUGUCGUUAAUUCGGAGGUACAGACCGUCUAAGGUGCCCAUCAUGCAUAUGAUAAUGGAAAAAGUCUCAAAUCGGGAGGCAGCCCACUCCGAAAUCAGAAGGGAGGUCGUUACCGAACCGGUUGCAGCUACAGUGUUUAUAUCUGUAGAACUCCUUUCCAUUCAUCGUGUGUUUUUCGAGCAAACCGAGGAAGACGAUCAGCAGGUGUGGCCAGAAGGUGAGACGGAAUAUGUUGUGACAGCAAAAUACGGUGGCGAUGAAAGUAGUACUACAACCAAAAACUUCACACCACAAGGGAACAGCAGCACCAUUCGCCUAGACGUGCGCACCUUUCGCGAACGGAAAGCACACAAGCUCAUCAUCACUGUCCGACGUCAGCGCACCCUUCCACCGCCUUGCCCUGCGAAAUCGUCGGAAGCGCAGAACGGCAAGAUUCCGCGUUUUGGUCCAUUUUGUAAAGCCACCCCUGUUGUGUCGAAGCAAAGGCCGCGUGUUAUAAUGCCCCAGCCUCCCUCCCUUUUACAUGAACCUGAAUAUGUAGGUUGCGCAGUCAUCUCUCUCCGUGCGCUUUUCACCCCUUUGCUCUACAGCACCGGGGAGCUCGUGACGGUACCGCUGCUUUACCUUCCACCGAACGCGAAUGGAGGGCCGGUUGUACCGGACGGCCGGGACCAUACCGGCAGUGGUGUACAUUCUGAAGGGGAAGUUGUCGGAAACAUUGCGUUCAGGGUGCGCCUUCCAGCGUAUGAGCAGAUCCCUUCAUGGUUGCAAUUCGACGCCACAACCCUCGAAAAAGAAAUUAAGCUGGACCGAGCGGCCAUUCGAUACUAUGAGGAGCGCAUUCGCAAUAUUUUAGCUGAGCACAAAUCACACUGUUUGUGGAAUAUGCACUACAGAUUGUAUGAAAAAUACGUUGCCAGUGGCCACUGGCAUCGACUGCUGCGUGGCUGGAGAAAUGCGUUGCUGCGGCAAUUCCCCUCAGCAAAUAACAGCAACGACGUUCCAACAUCUUCCAUGUGGUACGCCCCCUCGACAGCAUCCGAUCGCGACUUGAGGAGCGAUAAUAUGAACAGCAUCUUGGAAAGACUGAAAGGAGAGUUUAGCAGUGACGACAGUUUGAUGGGCGAUGUCGCGGAAACAGAAAUGGCAGGGGGAGAAAACUCGAUAGAAACAGGAAGCGGGAGCGAAAGCGAAAGUGACUAA